UGCACCCCACCCCCCGCCUGCGAGGUCUGCCGGGGAGGCGGUGGUCUAUCGCCUCCCUCGGCCCCGGGCCUGGCUGCGCAGCAGAGGCGGCGCCUCUCCCGCAGGACAGAGCUGGUCGAGCGGCACAGGGUGGGCAAAAGGAGACGAGGGACACCUCGCUCCCAUUCCCGACUGCGACUAGCUGCGACUGCGACUAGCUGCGACUUUGGAGCAGCGCGGUCCCUUGUGCAGAACGCACACACCGCGGCGCAGGGACACACAGACUUGGCUGCUCGCGGCCACACGCACCGAGAGACCAGGCUCGGCGCGCGCUCCGCGGCGCACACGCUCCAGCCAGUGCGGCUCUGGGCGCGGAUUCGCGGGUUGCGCGCCCUCCUGCACCUUCAGCCCCGGCGCCUAGCAGUCCCGACCAGCCCGGAGGCCAUCAGCGCUGCGUGAACAGUGGAGGGUGACGACUGACUCCCCAAGGCUGGGAGCAACAGCCAGAGACAGUGGCUGGGAAGCACCAUGGCCAGAACCCUGCAGCUCUCCCUGACUGCUCUCCUCCUGCUGCCUGCGGCUAUUGCUAUGCACUCUGACUGCAUCUUCAAGAAAGAGCAAGCCAUGUGCCUGGAGAGGAUCCAGAGGGCCAACGACCUGAUGGGCCUAAAUGAGUCUUCCCCAGGUUGCCCUGGCAUGUGGGACAAUAUCACAUGUUGGAAGCCUGCUCAAAUAGGUGAGAUGGUCCUUGUGAGCUGCCCUGAGGUCUUCCGGAUCUUCAACCCGGACCAAGUCUGGAUGACAGAAACCAUAGGGGAUUCUGGCUUUGCUGAUAGUAAUUCCUUGGAGAUCACAGACAUGGGGGUCGUGGGCCGGAACUGCACUGAGGAUGGCUGGUCGGAGCCCUUCCCCCAUUACUUCGAUGCUUGUGGGUUUGAUGACUAUGAGCCUGAGUCUGGGGAUCAGGAUUAUUACUACCUGUCGGUGAAGGCCCUCUACACAGUCGGCUACAGCACCUCCCUCGUCACCCUCACCACUGCCAUGGUCAUCUUGUGCCGCUUCCGGAAGCUGCACUGUACCCGUAACUUCAUCCACAUGAACCUGUUUGUAUCCUUCAUGCUGAGGGCUAUCUCUGUCUUCAUCAAAGACUGGAUCUUGUACGCCGAGCAGGACAGCAGUCACUGCUUCGUUUCCACCGUGGAAUGCAAAGCUGUCAUGGUUUUCUUUCACUACUGUGUGGUGUCCAACUACUUCUGGCUGUUCAUUGAAGGCCUGUACCUCUUUACACUGCUGGUGGAGACCUUCUUCCCUGAGAGGAGAUAUUUCUACUGGUACACCAUCAUUGGCUGGGGGACACCUACUGUGUGUGUAACUGUGUGGGCUGUGCUGAGGCUCUACUUUGAUGAUGCAGGAUGCUGGGAUAUGAAUGACAGCACAGCUCUGUGGUGGGUGAUCAAAGGCCCUGUAGUUGGCUCUAUAAUGGUUAACUUUGUGCUUUUCAUCGGCAUCAUCAUCAUCCUUGUGCAGAAGCUGCAGUCCCCAGACAUGGGAGGCAACGAGUCGAGCAUCUACUUAACAAAUUUAAGACUGAGAGUCCCCAAGAAAGCCCGAGAGGACCCCCUGCCUGUGCCCUCAGACCAGCAUUCACCCCCUUUCCUACGGCUGGCCCGCUCCACCCUGCUGCUCAUCCCACUCUUUGGAAUCCACUACACAGUAUUUGCCUUCUCUCCAGAGAACGUCAGCAAGAGGGAAAGACUUGUGUUUGAGCUUGGACUGGGCUCCUUCCAGGGCUUUGUGGUGGCUGUACUCUACUGCUUCCUGAAUGGGGAGGUACAGGCAGAGAUUAAGAGGAAAUGGAGGAGCUGGAAGGUUAACCGUUACUUCACUAUGGACUUCAAGCACCGGCACCCAUCCCUGGCCAGCAGUGGAGUGAACGGGGGCACCCAGCUGUCCAUCCUGAGCAAGAGCAGCUCUCAGCUCCGCAUGUCCAGCCUCCCGGCCGACAACUUGGCCACCUGAGCCCUGUCUCCCUUCUUCUUCUGCACAGGCUGGGGCUGCGGGCCAGUGCCUGCGCAUGUUUGUGCCUCUCCCCUCUCCUUGGGCAGGCCCUGGGUAGGAAGCUGGGCUCCUCCUCAAAGGGGAAGAGAGAGAUAGGGUAUAGGCUGAUAUUGCCCCUCCUGUUUGGGUCCCAUCUACUGUGGUCCACUGAGCCCAAUUUGAUAUGUAAAUACACCUCAAAUUUGGAAAGUUGCCCCAUCUCUCCCCCCCAACCCAUGCCCCUGCUCACCUCUGCCAGGUUCCAGCUUGACCUACUGUGUCAAGGCCAGCCUCGGUGAUGGCCUGAUCCCAGGUACAAGGCCUUGUGAACUGAGAUUGAAACAUGCCUGCUUUGGAGAGACUGGGGUAGUGAACACCCCGGCAGCCUUUCAGCAAAUUGGCUUUGGACAUGGAUCCUUCUCAGCCUGUACCAAGUACUGUAGUUGGCCAGGGAUGCCGCUCAGUGUCCUGAGCAUCCUUUGGAGCAGGUCAACCUGAGGCUCCUUUGGCUUACAUCUAAGUUGUCCAGGUGCUCAGCUCCUGUGUGCCUGGAUGAUGAGAGGGCUCUAGGGCUCUUUCAGUCAGAGACUUACAUUGAGGUGGGGUGAGGGUCAGAGAAAGUUCUGGUGCUUUUCAUUUGCUCUAAGAGCUGAGAGCCAGAAAUGCAGAUUCAAUUCGGAAAGAGAUGGGAUAGCUGAAGAACUUACCACGUCCAUGACUGUGCCCUGACUCAAGACUGUAUCAUGUGGUGGCUUUAUUUCUAUACUUCUUGCCCACCAUGGAUGGUCUGAAGAAGCUGUUCUCCAGCCACAACAACCACAGAAAACCCCUCGCUCUCCCCUCUCUGUUUCCCCAUUAAUCAAAGCCAUGUCUAGAAUGGACCAGCCACCUUGCAGUAAAAUCAAUGAGCUUUGAAGCAACCUUCAAUUUUCAUAAGCCAAGUCUUGGGUCCAGGGAACUCCACAGUGCCCCCACCCCCACCCCCUCUACUGAUUACAAGGAAUCCUACAUGCCAUCUUCAGCCUGGACUCAAUUACUAAACUCAGAUUUGUCUGCAAGACUUUCUCCACGUGCCCUUGACAUUGGAAUCACUUGUGGGGCCUCCUAGGGUGUUUGGAGGCGAUACCGUGUCUAUCAUGUGCAUAGGCAGAAGCUGCUGGUGGAGGGAGUGGUGACUCUCUAGUGCCCAUCUUGGCUCUCCAGCUGCAAGUUGCACAGCCAUAACCUAAGACUUUAAAAUAAGGCUACACCCAGAUUUGGGAAGGUAGAGGGGGAAAAAAGUAGUGCCAUGGGGCCAUGGGGCCCAGCUUAUUCUGUGUAGAUGCUUGUUUUUGUCCCUGCCUCCGUGGACUUGUUCAUGAUUGUGCUCUGGACUGCAUGGGGAGUGUGGGGUGCUGCCUUGCUUGCUGUUGUAUUAAGUAGAAGGAGUUCUAGGAGAUUCGAGACAGUGCUUCUGGAGGGGCCAUUGGAAAGACUGGAGAAGAUUCUAAUGGAUAGGAUUUAGAGAUGUGCUCUGUGUUCUUGACCAGUGAAGUGUUCUUGGGUCUUUGGCAAAGCUGGAAAGAGAAAGGGCCUCCUUGUUCUUUCCCAGAAACAUUCAGUGGCUUGGACCAACCACUGAGUAUAUACAUUGGCUCUUUUCCCCCUGUACCUUGUCUCUCCCCUCCAUCCCCUCCCCUGUUCUGAGAACCAGGUUAUUAGCCAAACAAGAAUCAGUUGAUCCCCUUGCACUUUGGACACUUCUAUGGAGCCUGAGCUGCUUAGAAGAAGCCUUGGUUCAGGAUUCCAGCUGGGUUCAUGACUGUGAACACAAUGUGCCCUGAGCUGGGCCACAGCUUCCUUGUUUAUGAAGUGAGGUGGUUUCUAGUGCUUUUCCAAGUUCUGCAUUAGUUAAAAACUAAGGCAGGUAAACAGAGAUGUAUCCUUGUGAAAAUCAUCUAAGGGGUGUGUGCGUGCAUGUGUGCAUGCUGUGUAUUGAGGGGGAUGACAUCCUGUUUAUUUUCCCAUUUGGAUGCCACAUGGUAUCCAAAGCUGGUAGAGCAGAUAUCAUGCCUCAGGCCAUGGACAUUUGAAUGGGGCCUCAGGCAUGAUGUGCAGAAACAGCCUUCUACACCAGGCAGGGACAGGUUGCCUGUGGCCCCCUCAAUCUGAGGCGCACCCCUUGGGCUACGAACCCCAUGCCCUUGCCAUCACCCCCUCCAGCGGGUCUGCUUCACUGUGGAAGGAGAAACUGUGACUUUCUGGUUACAUUACUGCAAAACAGCAAAAACCGGAUAACCUGAGCCCUGCUGCUUCCUGAGCCCUGGACCUGUGUCCUCCUAGAACUUCCAGGUUCCCAUUGCUUUGCUUUUCUGUCUGAAGGAAUCUUUUUCUUAGUCUUGUGAGCAGAUGUACCUGAAGGAUUCUGCUGUUCCAUGAGGGUCUGGCUCUCAGGCUGUAGGCAGCGAAGGGGCAGCACGGGCUGGGUAAAGCCCUUCCCCUUUGACCUUCUUACAUAGUGCAAGCAAUAAGACUUACUGGUCUGUGUGUAUCCCAGUGUUCCUCUGGGGUUCUGUCUAAACACCAACCAUCUUGUCUUGGAAUGGGCCCCAGGCAAGGCUUGCAGUAAUAUAGCCUGGACCCAGCAAAGGGAAAACGAUAAGGAAAUUCUGUCUGGUAGGUGCAAAGGGCUUCAUGGAUUUGGAAACCUGGAGGCAGGAAUAUAGCAGAUUUAAGGGGUACCCAGCCGGUGGAAGGUCAUUCUUGGGAAGUUGGGGCUUGUUUUAUGAAACCUUAAAGGCCAAACGGACUGUUCCAUUUUGGGGGUCAGGACAUCCCUGUCAUUAUUUCCUGUCAUAGCUGUCCAACUGCAGGGUAAGGAGCAAGUUGUGAGGAGAGGGUUUGGUCCUCAGAACAUGGGAUUCCACAUCAGGAAUCCUUAGGCUGCCAGGAAGCCAGAGGGGUUUAGAGGUGCUCAGCUUUGAGCCCCAGUAUGCAUCAUGCUUAAGCUCUGACGACUCUUGCGUGCAGCAAGGAGGUCCUCCCUGACAUGCUCAGCAUCCUGCAGUGAUUCCUCUCCUAGCCCUGGGAUGGGGCUUGGUUAGGGCGUCAUGAUGGAAAUAACCCUGCACCUGUUGCCCAUUACCAGGGCCUCUGCUGUUUGGUCUUCACCCUCUCUUCCUUGGAGGGAAAGCUACAAGAGACUCUCUUUUUAAUUCCUUGAGUACCCUUUGCCCCCCUACGAAGAGAAGACAGCAAGUCCCCUGAUACUGAAAAUUUCAUUUGAGCCUAGGGAGCUGGGAAACCAGUUGGGCCCAGUCUGUUUUUGAAUUGCAUUGCAUUGAGUUGUACUGGUAUUGCACAGCCCUGCGUGUGAGCCAGAUGUUACACUCCAAGCAGCUGUGAAAUACAAUGUACCUUUUGCAGGAGUGGUUGUACCUGCAGAAAGCCCAGGAGUCCACAGUACAGUGCAGGAGAAGCAACUGAGUUGGCCUGGUCUAAGGAUACCCCCUAGCAAACAUGGCCCUCUCCAUCUGUUCUGGGUCUCUAGACUUCCCUAACCUCAGUCCCUGCUCUGCAAUGAGGUGGCCGUGGUUACACCAUCAUCUACCCUCUAGCUAGGGAUGAGGUGGAGGUGAAAUGCUCGCUGUGAGUUUACAGGCUCUGAAAACACCACCACCAUGUGCUCAUUCUUAGAGUGAAGACCCUGAAAGGUAUCUCCAUUUGCAACCUGUCUACUGUUUUGAGCCCUUUAGGGGUAACUCAUUUGUAAAACCACCAGCAUGAGCUCAAGGAUGAGGCCACAGGGCUCUGGUGGACAUCAACUCCCAGCUUUACCGUCAUCACUGUUCAGUUUUCUUUGAAGGUAAGGAUGAGGAGAAAUCUUCUAUGAGCAACUCCGUGCUGUCUGCCUAGGAAUCCUUCAGUGGGAUGGGACACUCCUCAAGUGAGCCAAAUGCCCAUUCUUUUUCCCUUCCCUGAACUCCAGGUCCUGUGCUGUGUCUGUACUCAGCCAUGUGUGUUUUGUCUGCUGUCUGUCUUCUGAGGCUUAGCAUCUGUCAGGGCUGGGGUGGUUCAGCCCUUGGUACUCCAGAUGUGGUUCCAGGCUCCCUCGUGGGAGCUGGACCGGUCUGGGUUUAAUCUCCCACAAUAAAGAUAAACCCCACGGACCUCACUGCUACUGCUGCCUCCAUUAACGCUGUGCUCACACAUUGUCUGGGAUUUUAAGGAUGUCAAACUGCUGUAGAUGACUCAAUAAAUGUCUU